AACCACAAAUCUUUUUUAGGCGAAUAUGUGGUUGGAUCUUGUCAAGUAUCUUCGGUGGAGGCUCGGCAGCUACAUCCCAAACAGGUAAAGCCAUUCAUAUUGGGUAAUUACCCUUUGAGUCGUCGAGCUGAUGCUUAUAUGACCCCAACUUCUACAUGUUCGAAUAAGGAUAUGCGGCUAAGCAUUAUUGUAUUUGCACCAGGAGAACCAGUCCCACUGUUAAAAGGUGAAACGGUGAUCAAACCAAAAGUGAAGAAAGCGGUCAAAGAGCCCAGUGUUGAUGUCGAGCAGAAAGAGUCAAGCUCUCAAGAAGAGACGCCUGCCAAACAGAAAGAUCGCGUGCAGCAACGAGAGAACCGUAAAAAGGAGCAAAAAAUGAGUCUGGACGAGAAAAAGCGCACACUUUUCGUCGGCAAUGCUCCGUUGUCCAUGGACGAACGAUCGUGUAGGAAGCUGUUUGCUCAGUACGGCCCAAUAGAGUCCGUACGGAUGAGAAGCGUUGUACCAGCUAAACAGACAAUCACGAAACGCAUCGCUCAUAUUGCCCAUGAGUUCCAUGAAAAGCUGAAUUCGUUGAAUUUCUACAUUAAAUUCAAGGAUGAAGAGUCGGUGAAAAAGGCUCUGACCUAUAACGGUACGAUCCUUGAAAGGCAUCGUAUCCGCGUCGACACCUGCACAACAAAGGCAGAAUAUGAUCGUAAUCUGACGGUUUUCGGAAAUCUUCCACUGGACGUGAAAGACGAUGAGUUAGCAGAAUUCUUCGAAGAGAACGUAGGAGGCGUUAGCUUUGUUCGCUGUAUAAGAGAUUCGUCAAGCGGCAUGGGCAAAGGAAUCGCAUUUGUUGUUUUUAAGGUUAGUUCCUCUUUCAGAGACUGUUAUAUUGAUUCGUACUUACAUUAA